AUGAGCCUGCCCACGACGAUGAAGGCGGUCGGGAUCUACAAGACCGGCGACUUCGAUGUCCUCGAGACGCUCGAGCAGCCCCUCCCACAGGCCACGCCGGGCGAUGUUCUCGUGAAGAUCCACUACACGGGCGUGAACUUCAUCGACACCUACUUCCGGAAAGGCCUGUAUCCCAUCAAGCAGUUCCCGCAGAUCCUGGGCUCCGAGGGCGCAGGCGAGAUCGUCGCGCUGCCCACGGACGAGGCCGUGCUCGCGAGCGAGGAGUACAAGCUCCGCGGCUUCGCGGUCGGCGGCCGCGUCGCGAUCUACGGGAUGGGCGCGCUCGCCGAGUACCACAGCGUCCCAUGGGACAAGGCGUACCCGCUCCCCGCCGCGGUCUCGACGCGCACCGGCGCCGCGUCGCUCACCCAAGGCCUGACCGCGCUCACGUUCGCCACCGAGGCGUACGACGUGCAGGCGGGCGACACCGUGCUCGUGCACACCGUCGCGGGCGGGCUCGGCCUGCUCCUCGCGCAGCUCGCGAAGGCGCGCGGGGCGACGGUGAUCGGGACGACGAGCACGCCGGCGAAGGCGGCGCUCGCGCGCGCGCACGGCGCGGACCACGUCGUGCUGUACACGCAGGAGGACACCGUCGCGCGCGUGCUGGAGCUCACCGGCGGCGCGGGCGUGCACGCGAUCUUCGACGGGGUCGGGAAGGACACGUUCGAGGCGGACUUCAAGAUGAUCCGCCGCAAGGGCACGAUCGUCUCCAUCGGGAACGCGUCGGGCGCGGUUCCGCCGUUCCCGCCGCUCAAGCUCGUCGAGAAGAACGUCCGGCUGCUCCGGCCCACGCUGAACAACUACAUCUACACGCCCGAGGAAGGGCGCACGUACGCCGCGGAGCUCUUCGGCCUCAUCGCGGCCGGGACGCUCAAGGUGAACGUGCACGCCGAGUACCCGCUCUCCGCCGAGGGCGUCCGGGAGGCGCAGAAGGACCUCACUGGAGGCAAGACGACGGGGAAGCUGAUCGUCAAAGUUGCCGACCCGUGA